AUGGGACAAAUUCUAUCAAAUCCGGUGAUCGAUAAGGAACACCAUACUGGGGAGGACCAGUUAACAGGGUUUGGACUUUGCGCUAUGCAAGGGUGGCGUAUGUCGAUGGAGGAUGCACAUGUCGUUCAGCUAAAUAUUGCCGGUAAGAAUGUUAAAGAUCACAUAGCGUUUUACAGUAUUUUUGACGGACAUGGUGGGGCAAGUGUAGCACAGUUUUGUGGGGAGAAAAUUGGUUCCAUCUUACAAAAGCAACCGACAUUCGAUAAAGGUCAAUUGGGACAGUCUUUAAUUGAUACUUACUUGACGGCAGAUGAAGAUCUCCUUAAGGAUCCUGUCUUGAGAAAUGAUUACAGUGGUUGUACCGCUACAUCCAUCCUGGUUUCUCAAGAGCAACAGUUAGUAGUAUGUGCGAAUGCAGGUGAUUCAAGAACCGUUCUAUCAACUGAUGGUAGAGCUAAAGCUUUAUCCUAUGAUCAUAAACCUACGUUGGCUAGUGAAAGGUCAAGAAUUGUAGCUGCAAAGGGGUUUGUGGAAAUGGAUAGAGUCAAUGGUAAUUUAGCACUAUCCAGAGCCAUCGGUGAUUUUGAGUUUAAAUCCAAUCAGGAAUUGCCACCACAGGAGCAAAUUGUCACGGCUUUCCCUGAUAUUAUGGAACAUAAGUUAAAUUACGAUAAGGAUGAAUUUGUCAUUUUGGCUUGUGAUGGUAUCUGGGAUUGUCUUUCGUCGCAAGAGUGUGUGGAUUUAGUACAUUAUGGUAUCAAUCAGAAAAAAUAUUCAUUGAAUGACAUUUCAUCACGCAUUAUUGAUGUGUGUUGUUCACCAACAACAGAGGGUACAGGUAUUGGUUGUGACAACAUGAGUAUUACUAUCGUUGCAUUGCUAAAACCUGGUGAAAACUUGGGGAAAUGGUUUGAACGUAUAAGGUCCAAGAAACACCAAACACCUGUUUCAUUUGAAAGCAAAAGAAGAUCGAUUUUCACAUAUUAUCAAUUCCCCAAGGAAGACGCAAACGUUUUCGAGGUGACGACGAAACGUCCGCAAGAUAGAUUUACUCAGGAAAGCGUCCAAGAUUUAGGCGAAGAUAACAUGGAAAUUGACGAUGAAUCAAAUGAAGUAAAGAGACAAGCCGCUAGUAGUAGUGGUGAAAGUGGUGGCAAUGGACCUGUAGAUCUGUUUUCAUUAGAAGCUCUUUUGGGUGCUGGUGGUAUCCAAAUUUCUCAAGGACCUAACAAUGUCUCUUAUAUCCAUGGUUCAGCUCUAUCAGAUAUGUUGUCGUCGUUGAGCAAUGCUGCAGCUGGUGAAAUGGUGCCUGAAGACGAGGAAGAUGAGAGUAACAAUGAUAAGGGCGCUAGAAACGAAGAUUCAAAGGAUAAGAAAGACGACGAAAGUGGCGGCAAAAAGAUUGAAGAGGUCAAAGAAUAG